UCUGCACUUCCUGAUAAGAGCAAAGCGAAACCAAAAAAAAAGCCAGGUCACCACAGCUCGCAGCCAGAAACACAGCUAGCUCAGAACACAACAACAACAGCUGCGACAUGGGAAAGACUUACCAAGUCAUAGUGGUUGGGAUCAAAGGAGAAAAAAAGGCCAUCGAUGUGGGGCAUUCAGAAGAAGAAAUGAAUAAUCUCAGCAUUCUGGAGUUCAAGAAGAGAAUAUUUGAAAAGAUUCCUGGGAAUUCAGGCAAUCCUGAUGAGCUGCGGUUGAUAUACACUGAUAAGAACCUGGAGGACUCUGGCAAGUUUUCAGAUUACCAGAUCAAGGACAGGUCUCAUAUCUUUGUGGUACUGAAAUUGCCGGGUGGAAGGAGAAGCAGAAGAGCGUGAAUGAAGCUGGAAUUUGACUUUUUUGGUUUUUUUUCUUCAUUAGUAUGCAGGGAUAAUGAUGAUCUUCAGUCCAUGACCUCCAGCUUAGGCCAGAUUGAAUUGUCUUAUCUGUUUUGCAGGUUUGUGGGUGGUGAUGAUUUGCAAAAUGAUCUCCAUGUUCUUGUGAUACAAAAAUUGCCAUUUUUUUUCCUUCCAUGUGUAGUGCAUGCUGAAGGUUGCAAGGCACCAAACAUUGAGAUCUUCUCUGUUCAUACAGUGUUGUAGCUGAAUCUCAUUAUCUCCAUAUGCCACAGGCCCUGGGAUAAAAAAACAAAACUGUGAUGCUUGUGAAACCCAUUGAGUCAGCAGCCUUCUACCCCAGUCACAAAAACCUCAAUUCAAAGUGUUUCUUCCAUCUCAUGAUAAUGUUGCUUAAUUAAACAGUUAUGCAGCCUCAAUACUUUAAACCCUGUUACCUUUAUUGGAAUAUGAAGCCUGAACAUACAGUGGCUUCAGCGUUGGCACUACCUGCCUUAGGAAAAUAAUAACCACAAAAUAUACAAAUCGUACCACUUAACCACGUGUUUGUUUAAUGUUUGAUUUUGUUUUACUUGGCUUUAGCAGUAAAGGCAUAGGUUUAAAUUGUUAGCAACUUUACCCGGAAUAUGUUAACAUGGGAUAUCUGUACUGUAAUAUACUUUGAUUUGUUUAAUCAGUUCAACAGUAAAAUGAAUGUAGACGUUAAAUAACUUAGAGCAGUAGGUUCAUCAACAUACUCAUACUUGUCACCUGUGUCAAUGUCUGCUGUUGUUAGAGCUAAUGUAUUGGGAAAUAAUGAUUACCUUCUAUACCGAUUUCCCAUAUUCAAGGUGGAAUAUCUAUAAAGAUGAAGAACUGUGUUGGCUAGGACAUAUUCUUUGUUUGUUUUCUGUGAGCAUGCUUUAUCUUCUCUUUGAACACAAUUAAAGUCCAUUUUGCUAUUGUCA